CUGUCCUUCCCGGCUGGAGCUUCUGGCCCUCACGCUCCUCCUCCAGCUCCGCACCCCCCCCUCUCCCAAAGCCUGCCGCGGCCCGGUACCAGCGUGUGGUCCCGCCUAGGCAGCCGUCCGGUCCUCGUGCUCCCGGGACAGCCGUGGAGCGUGUUAGCGGCGCGUGGCGCUAGCCAUGGCGAUGGAUCAAGUGAACGCGCUGUGCGAGCAGCUGGUGAAGGCAGUGACGGUCAUGAUGGACCCCAGCUCCACCCAGCGCUACCGGCUGGAAGCCCUCAAGUUUUGUGAAGAGUUUAAAGAAAAGUGCCCUAUCUGUGUUCCCUGUGGCUUGAGGUUGGCUGAGAAAACACAAAUUGCCAUCGUCAGGCAUUUUGGCCUUCAGAUCCUGGAACAUGUUGUCAAGUUUCGAUGGAACAGCAUGUCUCGAUUGGAGAAGGUCUAUCUGAAGAACAGUGUCAUGGAGCUGAUUGCAAAUGGAACACUGGACAUUUUGGAAGAGGAGAAUCAUAUUAAAGAUGUUCUAUCUAGAAUUGUAGUAGAAAUGAUCAAGCGGGAGUGGCCACAGCACUGGCCUGACAUGCUUAUAGAAUUGGACACUCUUUCUAAACAAGGGGAAACACAGACAGAAUUAGUGAUGUUUAUCCUUUUGCGACUGGCAGAGGACGUAGUGACCUUUCAGACAUUACCCCCUCAAAGAAGAAGGGAUAUCCAACAAACAUUAACCCAGAACAUGGAAAGGAUCUUCAGCUUUCUACUAAACACCCUUCAAGAAAAUGUAAAUCAGUACCGGCAAGCGAAGACAGAUAAUUCUCAGGAGUCAAAGGCCCAAGCACAUUGUCGAGUAGGAGUUGCAGCACUGAAUACUCUAGCAGGCUACAUAGACUGGGUGUCCAUGAGUCAUAUUACUGCUGAAAACUGUAAACUCCUGGAGAUGUUGUGCCUGCUUCUAAAUGAACAGGAACUUCAGUUGGGAGCAGCAGAGUGUCUUCUCAUUGCAGUCAGCAGAAAAGGCAAGUUGGAAGACCGGAAGCCCUUGAUGGUCUUAUUUGGAGAUGUUGCCAUGCAUUAUAUACUUGUUGCUGCCCGGACUGCUGAUGGAGGAGGCUUAGUAGAAAGACACUAUGUCUUCCUGAAGAGACUCUGUCAAGUGUUGUGUGCUUUGGGCAAUCAGCUAUGUGCAUUGCUGGGUGUGGAUUCUGAUGUAGAAACUCCAACAAACUUUGAAAAAUACCUGGAAUCUUUUCUUGCUUUCACAACCCAUCCAAGUCAGUUUCUACGCUCUUCAACUCAGAUGACUUGGGGAGCCCUCUUCCGGCAUGAGAUCCUAUCCCGUGACCCUUUGCUAUCAGCAAUAAUACCAAAAUAUCUUCGUGCUUCUAUGACUAAUUUGGUCAAGAUGGGCUUUCCUUCUAAAACAGACAGUCCUAGCUGUGAAUAUUCUCGAUUUGAUUUUGAUAGCGAUGAGGACUUCAAUGCUUUCUUCAACUCCUCCCGGGCCCAACAAGGAGAGGUAUUGAGGUUAGCGUGUCGUUUAGAUCCCAAGACUAGCUUCCAGAUGGCUGGAGAGUGGCUAAAAUAUCAGCUAACAACGUCUGUUGACACUGGAUCCACGAACUCUGCAACUGGAAAAGGCAGCCUAUGCUCCAUCUUCUCACCUUCAUUCGUUCAGUGGGAAGCCAUGACUUUAUUUUUGGAAAGUGUGAUCAACCAGAUGUUUCGAACUGUAGAUAAAGAAGAACUUCCUGUUAAUGAUGGAAUAGAACUAUUGCAGAUGGUACUGAACUUUGACACCAAGGAUCCCCUCAUCCUGUCCUGUGUACUCACUAAUGUCUCAGCGCUCUUUCCAUUUGUCACAUAUAGACCAGAGUUUCUGCCUCAGGUCUUCUCUAAGUUAUUUUCAUCUGUCACUUUUGAAACUAUUGAAGAAAGUAAGGCCCCUAGAACCAGGGCAGUAAGGAAUGUGCGGAGACAUGCUUGUUCUUCCAUCAUCAAGAUGUGUCGUGACUACCCCCAUCUUGUCCUGCCCAAUUUUGACAUGUUAUACAAUCAUGUGAAGCAACUCCUUUCCAAUGAGUUACUGCUAACACAAAUGGAGAAAUGUACCCUCAUGGAAGCCUUGGUUCUCAUUAGCAACCAAUUCAAGAACUAUGAGCGUCAAAAGGUAUUCCUAGAGGAGCUGAUGGCACCAGUGGCCAGCAUCUGGCUUUCCGCAGACAUGCACAGAGUGCUGUCAGAUGUUGAUGCUUUUAUUGCCUUUGUGGGUGCAGAUGGGAAAAGCUGUGACCCAGGCCUGGAGGAUCCCUGUGGCUUAAACCGUGCACGAAUGAGCUUUUGUGUGUAUAGCAUUCUGGGUGUUGUGAAACGAACUUGCUGGCCCACCGACCUAGAAGAGGCCAAAGCUGGGGGGUUUGUGGUGGGUUAUUCACCUAGUGGAAAUCCAAUCUUCCGUAACCCCUGCACAGAACAGAUUCUGAAACUUCUUGACAAUUUGCUUGCCCUUAUAAGAACUUACAAUACUUUAUAUGCACCAGAAAUGCAAGCCAAAAUGGCAGAACCCUUCACAAAGACCCUGGACAUGCUUGAAGCGGAAAAAUCUGCUAUUUUAGGAUUACCUCAACCUCUCUUGGAACUGAAUGACUAUCCUGUCUACAAAACAGUCUUGGAAAGAAUGCAGCGUUUCUUCUCCACCCUUUAUGAAAACUGCUUCCAUAUCCUUGGGAAGGCAGGCCCUUCCAUGCAGCAGGACUUCUACACCGUGGAGCACCUUGCUACCCAGCUCCUCAACUCGGCCUUUGUCAACUUGAACAAUAUUCCUGACUACAGGCUGAGACCCAUGCUUCGGGUCUUUGUGAAGCCUCUGGUGCUCUUCUGUCCCCCGGAGCACUAUGAAGCCCUGGUAUCUCCCAUCCUUGGGCCUCUGUUCACCUACCUCCACAUGAGGCUUUCCCAAAAAUGGCAAGUCAUCAACCAGAGGAACCUGCUGUGUGGAGAAGAUGAGACUGCAGAUGAAAACCCAGAAUCUCAAGAGAUGCUAGAGGAACAACUGGUGAGGAUGUUAACCCGAGAAGUCAUGGACCUAAUCACUGUAUGCUGUGUUUCAAAGAAAGGUGCUGACCAUAAUACUACCGCUCCCCCUGCAGAUGGAGAUGAUGAAGAGAUGAUGGCCACUGAAGUAGCCCCCUCAGCCAUGGCAGAGCUUACAGACCUGGGCAAAUGUCUAAUGAAACACGAGGAUGUUUGUACAGCUCUAUUAAUUACAGCCUUCAAUUCCCUGGCCUGGAAGGAUACUCUCUCCUGCCAAAGGACAACAACACAGCUCUGCUGGCCUCUCCUUAAACAAGUGCUGUCAGGAACACUGCUUGCAGAUGCUGUUACAUGGCUUUUCACCAGCGUACUGAAGGGCUUACAGACACACGGGCAGCAUGAUGGCUGCAUGGCUUCCCUGGUCCACCUCGCCUUCCAGAUCUACGAGGCACUGCGUCCCAGGUACCUGGAGAUAAGAGCUGUGAUGGAGCAGAUCCCUGAAAUACAGAAGGACUCUCUGGACCAGUUUGACUGCAAGCUUUUGAACCCCUCCCUGCAAAAAGCAGCUGACAAACGCCGGAAGGACCAAUUCAAACGUCUCAUUGCUGGUUGCAUCGGGAAACCUUUGGGAGAGCAGUUCCGGAAAGAAGUUCACAUUAAGAAUCUUCCCUCACUUUUCAAAAAAUCAAAGCCAAUGCUGGAGACAGAAGUGCUGGACACCGAGGAGGGUGGCCUGGCUGCCAUCUUUGAACCCUGAGUCAAGCUCCUGGGCAUCUUCCUUGGCCUUUAUCAUCAUCUCUUCUUUCCCUUUGUAGCUAAUCUCUAGGCCCCUCUCCACUGCCACCUCACUUUCUACCAUUGUUAGCCUGGAGAGAGAUCCAGGUCUGGAGCUGGAGAGAGUAGGCCCUGUGUUGGGCCAGAAAUAAUUAUGCUAAAGUAUCAAGAAGUGGAGUUAGGGCUUAAAACCAUUCUGUCUAGAUCUCCCAGGUAGCUCCCAUCUUACGUGGAGUUUUGGCUUUUCCAAGAGAGAAAAGCUAGAGCAGGGCAGCCCUUCUCCCCAUACCCUCCUGCCCCCACACAGCCAUACACCUGUGCAGAACGGUAACUAUAGGGGUACAGUACCCAACACUGCAACUGGUCAGGCUUGAAAGAAGGGCUCACCCCUGAACUGCUUGAACCAGAUUGCUUCUGGAGCACUGCAGGUCCCUCUGAGCCCCCUUGUUGCUGAUCUGGCAGGGAACCUUCCCCACCUCCUAGGGGCAUGUCUGGGUUAGGUGCUGACUGUUGGACUGAAUUUGGCCAGUCCCCCUCUCCGUUUUGAGCAAAAAUUUGGUCACCUGAUUGGUAGUAUGGGCUACUGCUAAGCUCUGGGCACGGUAUCAAGUUUAACUUCAGGGACCAGGGCUGGGCCAGCAUCCCUUAACUCCCCCAUACAACUCACACAUCUUGCCCUUCCACGAAUAACCCCCUAUUGUGAUUUCCCAAACCCCAGACGCCACUCAGGCACAAGAGCCACAGUACCCUAUCUAGUGUCAUAUGACGCCAUUAGCACCUAAAGAUAACCCAGACCAACUAGGCUACAUCUGUGACGAGCAGCUAGCAAAGCCACUGGUCUCUUCUAGGACUAGCUGAGUCCAGGUGCCUUCAGAAAUCUCAUGAUCUUUCGUAUCCCUGGUAACUUCUCACUUUGGAUCAUUUCCAAAAGAAAACAAAAUAUGCCUUCCCAU